AUUGGCGUUUCAGCACAUUCACAAUAGCACGCGGAACCAAAAGAGCGAAGGUGUAGUUUCACAACGGAGCAUUUUAUCUGUGGGACCGAAUGAAUAAACACGUGAACGGUGUUGUCUUUUGACAGCUGUUGCUUACGAUUAAUUUACCCGAAAAAUCCACAACUGUGUGUUGCUUUAAGUUCCAUCCAUCUGAGGUCAAAAUGACGAGGUGGGCCCGUGCAAACAACAUUCACAAACACAAAACUGCCGAUGCCACACCGUGGAAACAGCUUCAAGCAAACGGGGAUGCAGGAGCACCUGAAACAAGCUCCGGUGACCGAGGAGGCCAAGCCAACAGACAUAACAGAGCUCCUAGUGCUCCAAGGCCUGUCCAGCAGGGGCGAGGCAUAAAUAAAACCAUCAAAAACAAACACGGUCACGACACUGAAGAUGUGAAUGGGUUUCUGGAGUAUUUAAGGCAGACAGGUCAGACCCUACAGAGGAGGACACCUGGAGAGGGAAGCGAAGACCUGCGAGAAGAAGUGGCGAUAGCGCUGAAGAAAGACGAACGACGAGAACACAGAAGGAUUAAAAGACAGCAAACUAAAAAGAACAACAUGGUCUGCUUCAACUGUAGGAAGCCCGGUCACGGUAUUACUGACUGCCCGGAGGCAGAUAAUGAUGAAGAGAUGGGCAGUGGAAUCUGUUAUCGGUGCGGAUCUACUGAACAUGAACUCCGGGCAUGUCGGGCUAAAGUAGAUCCUGCCAUGGGUGAAUUCCCCUACGCCAAGUGUUUCAUUUGCGGUCAGACGGGUCAUUUGUCCAAAUCUUGUCCUGAUAAUCCCAAGGGACUGUAUGCUGCCGGAGGCUGCUGUCGGGUGUGUGGUUCAGUUGAACACUUUCAGAAGGAUUGUCCUGAGCAUCAGAACUCGGCCAAUGCCAUCACCGUCAGCCGGAUGUCCAACAGGAUCAGUGCUGACCAUGAAGACGUCCAUGUGCCUGCGAAGAAAGUUCAGCCAAAGAAGGACAAGGUGGUGGUUUUUUGACCUGUCUGGACAAUAUAGAAAUGGACCUUUUUCUCAGUUUAGACUUGAUUAGUCUGGGCUCCGCGGUUGUGGAUUCGUCACAAACCCACAACCGGUCCUGUGGAUGUGCUGGACUGUGUGCUAUGGAUUGUUUUAUGACUGUUUAGAUAUUGUAAAGUUCCUGAGACUUGUGGACAUCACUCCUGGGUCAGUCACAAACAUGAAUUAUAAAUCAUUAUUACUGCUAUAAGAGAAAGGGGGUUUUAUUUAAGUUCAAGAAUGAUUUUACAUAUAAAAGCAACAUUUAUUUACAAAAUGCACAAAUAUUUUUUAAAUGGUGAGAUAUUUAGUGUGCUAAAAAACUGAAUUGUAAGGAACUGCAUAGGCUGUAUUAAUACAGAAUCUAUUUCCACUUUGUGCAUCAGAAAACCGCAGUAAGCAAAUCUUCCUCUAAAAAAAAAACGCAGGACAUGGUUGUCUCUUCCAAAGAUUUGGACUAGCCUGUUAAAUUUCCUUUUUUUAUAGGGAAGCACUCCAGAUGUUACUUUGUUGUUAUAAGAAACCUGCAAAUGAAAUAUUCAGAUUUAAAAGCUGUAAAUGUGUGCACCUUGAGAUAAAAUAAUGAUGUGUCUUAAAGGAAAACA